UUUUGUUAAUUGAAAUAAACAAUGGGAACUAAUUAUGACACGAAUGCUCAACUAGGAAUAGGUUACAUCGGAAUAUCGCAGGAACCAUGCCACCCAACAAAUAUUCUGUGGACUGAUGAACCAUGGAAAGGAAGAGUUUUGUAUACAGGUCCAGAUGGCAACUGCGAUCACCGAGUCACGGUCGAGCCUGAGCAUAGGUAUGUUGGUAUUGGCACUAUGUCAGAGGAAGGAACUAGUGAGACGGACUACUUGUGGCGACCAGCUCCGAGCACGCCAUUUCACCGCCCGAGAACCAGUAAAGUCGGCGAAAUUGGCUGGUGUGUACCAAAUAACCAGGACUGGACUCCUGCAAACACAGCCAGACAAAUCAUGCUGGGACAAUUUCGUCAACAAGUAGAGGACAGACACGGCCACAGAUUUCAGAACGCCUGGUAUCCAGGCCCUCAAGAUGGUCGUAGUAGAAGUGCUAUGCCAGCGUCAAGAGGAUCUAGAUUGGAACGUGAGAGUACAUCAACUGAAACAUCAAGUGCGAAGCCCGGACAGAGAACUGAACAUUAUCUAAAUAAAUAGAAACUCAAAUAGGUAGAAAACAACAGCUGCUGUCUCAGAACUUGUUGCAUUUAUAUCUUGGGAUAGUGCAAUAAAUCUACUAAUAAAUAUUAAUUAAUAUAGAUUAGAAAAAAUAUCCAAAAAAUGAUUUCUAUAGAUUAUAUUACAAGAGAAAUAAAUUCUCAAAAAAAUCAUGAUCAGAAUUUGUUCAGCUCUUUUAUCAAUGAAACAUCUUUUUGUAGGAACAUGACCUACAUUUAACAUUUGAAUAGUUCUUUUUAGUGAAACACUGCCUUCCAGUUUUGCACCAAAGUUUUCAAAAUAAAAAUAAUGUGUUUUUGCUUUAUUAUCUGGCUUUUUCCCCACAAGUGACAUAGAGAAUGAAAUAUGUAUUGCUCAGCAAUUGUUAUCACUGUUUUUAUGAAGCUUUUCUGUAUAUUUUAAUAGCUUUGGUUUAAUUCCUCCUUAUGUUUUGUUUUCUUGUUAGAAUUACUAUAUUUGGUGUGUAGUAAGAUCAAAGAUCAACUAUAUUAUGUGCUUUGUAUUGAUAUUGAUGUAAACAUAUACUUUAUACAGUGCUAAUUCAUACGGCAUUUCAAAUGCAACAGUACAAUGUAUGUUAUAACAGUAUUAUUUUAAAACUAUGCAUCAAUCUAUGUUGUUUAGUGUAUUUAAUGUAUUUAAACUGCUUUUAUUCCAUACCUAUAACCUGUACCUGUGUGUAGUUAAUAUUUGCUAGUCAUACAUACUUGUUAACUAAAUGUAAAAGACUUUGGUUUGGUCGGUUUUAUGGCCACCAACACAGUGCAUGUCAUAUGGCGCCAAAUCAGGAAAUAUAAAUUUUGCUAAUUUAGGGUGAUACAAACUUUGAGACUUUGAUUAUACUGAAUAGUGCUUGAGCUUUAAUUCCAUUUCAAGUUCAAAUCUUUUUCUAUGAACAAUGUAGAUGUAUUUAGAUUCAAUUAUUGUACUUUGAUUUGACUGUACUAGCUUAAAACAGUUAAAGAACUAAGAUUUUGACUGUGCAUUCUGUAAAACCAAUAACUGAAUUUAGAUUUUGGUGGUAGAUAUUACAUAGAAACUAAACAUUUAUUCUGACAAGUUGUACCAUAUAUAUAGUUCAUGAACUUUUAGACUUAAGUGUUCACACUAUAGAAACAUUUCUUGAACUUAGAUUCCUACUAUUGGCACUGUAGAAUAGUUUAUUUGAAUUCACAAUCUUCACUGUGAACUUAUUAGAACAGCUCAUGAGCUCAAGUUGUAUACAAUUAAUAAUAUAAAUACAGUUCUGAUAGCUUAAACUAUGUAAAACCAAUAGUAAAUUCAACAUUUCCAAUCAUUUAUUUUCUCUUCAAGAACUGUCUGAAAGUUAUUGUAUUCCCACUUGGACUAGUAACUUAUGUGAUAUUCAAAUACAAUAUUUGAACUUUAAGUUUGCAUGGUUUGUGGACAGUUUAUUUUAUUGUUGGUAUGCUACUGUAGAAUCAAAUACUGUGAAAAAUGUGCUUAAUGUGAUAAAUACUCUUGUAUAACUGUGUUUUAGAUGCCUUUAUUACCUUAUUUAAUUUCCUUAUUUAAUUACCAUACCAGUAUUAACUAGCGUUUUACAAUCCUAUUGUUAUGCACAAUUUAUAUAAAAUAAAGAAACUGUAAAGUUUA